CUAUUUAGUUUCUUCCUCUAACGCGUCAGAAUGAUGUGAAGAACCAAAGGAGGUUAAAUGGUGAGAAGACUUCAGUGUUUUACACGAGUGAAGAAGAACAAGCAGAAGAUGAUCUUCUGGAUCCUGCUGCUCUUCACCCUGACCUCCUCUUUCUCUGGAUCAUUUGUAGUGAAUGUGACACAGAGCUCCUAUCAGGCAGAGGAGAACCACAACAUCACACUGGAAUGGACGUUCACCACCAACACUCAACGCUCCACAAAUGUAUUUCUUACCCUCUGUCAACUGAUAACUGAUGUCAGACCCUCAGUCCUGUUUCACAUACAUGAAGGUGUGGAGGUUCCAGAGUCUCAGGAUGAACAGUUUGCAGGACGAGUCCAGUGGGACAAAGACGUCCUCAGAGAAGGACGACUCAGACUUCAUGUGUCCAGACUCAGGACUGCUGACUCGGGUCUGUACCAGUGUCAAGUGUUCACGAAUAAUGGGGCGAACUCUAGACAAUGUCACCUCAAUGUCACUGCAGAGAGGGAUCGGCCUGAACCUGAGACACAAAGCGCAACAAAUCUGAGAAAGGAUCCUUCACAACCAGAGAGUUGGGGGUGGAUCGUCUUCCCCGUGGGGUGUUACUGGGACUGACAGCAGCUGUACUGGUUUUGUUAACACUUGCUUUCUACAUUGUAAAAAAUAUUUCUACUCAGCAAAACCAAACAAACAGCAUCCAAAACGAGGCUGAGUUAUCAAGCCUUUAAGUGUUUACACUAAAAGAUCCUGAUGUGGACUUGAUUCAGUCUGAGACACAUCUGGAUCUGUGUAUGACACAUGUGUAUGUCUGUGGAUUAACAACAGCAUAAAGUUACGAACAGAAAUAGGGACAAAUAUGAGAUUCACUGACAACAUUACUAUAAACAUACAGUGUUAUUUAAUAAUCACAAAGUUUAUGAAGGAGCACAUUUAAGUGAAUAAGUGAUAUCAAGAUGAUGUCAGCUAAUUAGCCAAGUAGCUGGGUCUAGUAGCACCACAAUGCAAAGACUCAUGGGAACUAACAAGAUGCCACUUUUAAAUUGAAUUGCAAAUGUUCUGUACAAUUGUUUGGUAGCCUCUGUCUCAGUCUAUGAAUGUAUGUGAAUGACAUAACAGUGUUUACAAGUCUAUUUAGCCAUUUACCAAAAUGUAUUUUCACAUUUCAUUCAAAACAACAACACUGUCAUUAGAUCAACUAUAUAUAUAUCUUUUUUUCAUUCUUUAUUUUUCACUCUUUUAGAGAAAAAACUGUAUUUUUUGCAUAAAGUGUACAUGUACUAAAACUUUGCAGUUUAUAAACUAGCAUUAAGUUGAAUCACUCAGGGAAAUAUUGUUGCUAUGGUUACCUGCUACUACGUUUGUCUUAUUUUUUUCACAAAGCUGUGACCACUGACUGUAAAUAAGAACUGUAUUCAUUGUUAAUGUUUGUUGUCUGUUAACAUGGGAUUGUAAAUGUUGGGAGGUCAAACAGCGACACCUGGUUGACCAAGACAAGAGAGACAUGUUGAAGAAUCAGUUUCUGUGUAUUAUCAUCAUCUUCCUCAUAUUUAUCAUCAUCAUCAUUGCUCCAGUUCAGAGAUUUUCACACUUUGUGUCAGAGACAAGCACUUUUACAUAUUUUUAAUUUUAAUGUUUUCUGAUAAACUGAAGAAUG